GGCGGAGCGCACCAUAUACCUAGUAAAUAAAACCCAUCCAAAGCUUCCAGGCCGGCAAAAGCGGCAACACCGCCACACCAACGUGCCAGAGCACACGCACUCGCGGACCCAGCAAGCUAGCAGCGAUGGCGGCGAGGCUCGUCUCCGUCCCCGUCCCCUUCCUCCUCCUCCUCCUCGUCGUCCUGGCUGGCUCCCGCGCGGCGCUGGCCUCCGAGACCGUGGAGCAGGUCUGCGCCAGGGCCACGUCGGGCGGCGCCCACCCGGACCUGGCGCCCUUCUGCGUGGCGUCGCUCCGGGCGGCGCCCGGCGCCGACGGCGCCGACGCGCGCGGGCUGGCGGCGAUCGCCACCAACCUGACGCUGGCCAACUACACGGCCGCCGUGGCCACCAUCAAGACGCUGGAGCGGCGCGGGGGCUGGACAGCGGCCCAGCAGGGCGCGCUGGCCACGUGCUGCGCGCGCUACAUCGAGGCGCUCAACGUCGUGCACAGCGCCGUCCACGCGCUGGCCGUGGGGAAUCUCCGGGACUACGCGGCGGACAUGGCCGCCGUCGCGAAGGCGGCCACCGACUGCGAGGACGCGUUCGGCGCCGCCAACGCCGGCGGCGGCGGCGGGGCGUCGUCGCCGCUGCGGAAGGUGGACGAGGACGCCGUCAACCUCACCACCGUGGCCGCGCUGAUCGUCGGGUCGCUGGAGAAAUGAGGGCGGAUCAUCGGUGCCGCCCAGUCCGGCUGAUUCGGCGGAAAUGUAGCCAUUGAGCUGUGAUCUUGAGCUGUUGUGGUUAAGAAUAACAGUAGUGUGCCGAAGAUACUAAUCUUUGUCUGCUCCUGGAUGAACAACCAUGACGACAUGUUCUUCAGUUCUUCCUGUUUCAGCAAAAUUUUCUCUACAGUUCUUCUGAAAAAUCGCAUGAGAUCGCAGUA